UACUCUUAGAACAUCACAAUAGUUUAAGAUUUGCAUUAAAGAUGGCCGGAGCACCAGUUAUUGGGAUUGAUUUAGGCACAUCCUAUUCAGCAGCUGCUGUCUACCGAGAUGGAAGGGCCGAAAUAAUUCCAAACAAGAAUGGAGAGAGGUUAACACCUUCAUACAUAUUCUAUGACCCAAGUAGCCUGGAGGUAGCUGUUGGAACAGCGGCUGAUCAUCUAGCAAUGAAAUGUAUAAACAAUUUUAUAUUCGAUGCCAAACGGAUCAUUGGUCGAAAAUUUGAUGACGCUUAUGUCCAAAAAUUGAAAAACAGGAGCGAAUACAAGUUCAAAAUUGUUCGAGGUGAAGACGAUAAAGCAGAAUACGAGAUAAAACACGGUGACUUGACGGUACACAUAUCACCGGAACAAGCAUGUUCUGAAAUAUUGAAGUACCUCCGCGAGUCAGCCAGCGACUUUCUAGAAGCUGAAGUAACUGAAGCCCUGAUAUCAGUUCCAGCUCACUUCAGCAAUGCACAACGAGCAGCAACCAAAACAGCUGCAGAACUGGCUGGAUUGAAAGUACUGAAGCUGAUCAGCGAACCGGUUGCAGGGGCCAUCUACUACACGAAAGAAAAGCGCGAUAUUGAAGGAACGUUUCUGGUGUUCGAUAUGGGAGGAGGAACAUUGGACGUAUCGAUCAUAGUUGUUAGCAAAAAAAAAUUCGAGGUAUUGAGCGUGGAAGGAGACACGUUUUUAGGCGGUAGAGACUACGAUAACGUAUUAGUAGAUUAUUUUAUAUAGAAAAUAGCUGAGAAAUUUAGCCAAAAUUACGUCACUCCGAGACUUAUAAGGAGAUUAAAAGGAAUAUGUGUUGUCCUGAAAGAGAAACUAUCCACACAAAAUGACUAUACCCUGAUUUUAGAUUGUAUCAAAAAUGUGAGUGAUAACUUUAAUAUAUCCUUAACACAAACCGAAUGCAACUAGUUAACAAAUGCUAUGACUAGCAGAGCUCUGAAUCUGGUACAGAAAUGUCUCACUGGAGUGGGACUAACGAAACGUGAUAUAAACGAAGUUAUUCUUGUGGGAGGUAUGACAAGAAUGCCGAAGAUUCGCGACGAACUCAGGAAUUUUUUUGAUAAAAAUUUAAAAACCGGCAUGAAUCCGGACGAAGCCGUCGCACUGGGUGCUGCGAUACAAGCUUCAGCCUUGCAGUACAAAUUUAAAGAGUUACAAAGAUAUGUGGUUAGUGAAGUAACACCUUUAUCUUUAGGCAUUUGUGGUUCAUGUGCUUUGAUGGGCACGGUAAUCAAGAAAAAUACCGCACUACCAGCAAAAGGAUCUAUUAUAUUAGGGACCUCGGUAAAUGAUCAAAAUAAAUGUAAAUUUAAAAUUUUUGAAGGAGAAAGAAAAAAUUGUGCCUUCAAUAAUCUUUUGGGCGAAUUCACCAUAAAUAAUUUGCCCAAAGGAAAAGCUGGAGACGUAAAAUUUGAAGCAAAUUUCCUUCUAAAUCACGAUGGAAUUCUGGAAGUAGAAGCACAUGAAACAAUGACUAAUCAGACGAGUAAAUUGAUUGUUACUUUGGAAAACUAUCGCUUUUGUCAAGAUAAAAUAUCCAACAUUAUUGACGAUGCUGAAACAAACUGCCUAGAUGAUCUGUUAUUCGAAAUGUAUGCUAAUACAUAUAACAAAAUUUUGAAGGUUUAUAAUGAAAUAUUUUACGAUUUAAAGAAAAUAUCUUCCAAAAUAGACCGUACUUUUGUUAAGAAGAAAUGUCUAGAACUGAAGAUCGGUUUAGAUAAUUCUGUUUAUACAGAAAUCUAUAAGUUAGAGCAAGAUUAUAAAAGUUUUCGUAUGACGACAGAAGGAAUAGUUAGACAAGCGAUUGAUAUAAAGUGGCCAGAUAUAUCCUAAGCUGUAUUCCAAUGACUAAAAAAUACAAGAAUACUAGCUCUAAUGUAAUCGCAGUUUUGUGUGUUUCAUUGUGCUUUGGAAACACUUCAAUUUCUGAAUCAGAUAGAGGAAAAUCACCUUUAAAAACCAAAGAAUACCUAUGCAUUUACCUGCGAAUUUUGUAAUAAACAUUUUAAUGCAAAGAAGAUUUAACAUAGCAUUUAAAAUCACAUGCACAAGUGGCACAAGACAAUUGACCAAAUUAUCAAGGAAGUGAGGCAGAGUUAAGUGUAAGCAUUGUCAUUCAGGAUAUUAGUAAUGAUGGUGCAUAGACUUUGACUGUGUCUUUCCUUGUCCUCUUUAGGAAUGAAAAAUUUGAUCUUAAUAUCCUUGAUUGAGGGAUAAUAAUAGAACUGUUUUAGGUGUUGGUUUAAAUAAUACCAAUAUCCCCUGUAUAAAAUAUUAGAAAAAAGAUAUCAUACUUAUAUGUGAUUUUGUAUUAGCGUGUAUUUUAAGUAUUAUUAUUAAAUUUUAAUCUCUAUAU